GACCCUUUAAAUACCGCGUGGGGCUGCAGGAAGGCUCCAGAGUUGACAGGCCGGUCAGUGCCCCCGUGUGUGCGGUGCUGGGUGAGGGGAUACGCAGAGCCCCGCGACCCCGGUCACCCAGCCUUCCUCAAGCCUCUGCGCGGGAUCCAGGGGUGAAACAAGAUGCCUUUGAAUGAUGAGAAGCAGUGUGUGAACGAGGACCAGCAGAGUGAUUCAGAGUCUUCUCGGUUCUCCGAAAGCAUGGCUUCGCUCAGUGACUAUGACUGUUCCAGACAGAGCUUCACCAGCGAUUUCUCCAGCAAAUCCAGCUCUCCUGCCUCAACAAGCCCUCCUGGGGGUGUGACAUUCGAUGACGUGAUGGCUGCUGCGAAGAACUUAUCAGACAUGACUCUUGCUCAUGAAAUAGCUGUGAAUGAGAACUUCCAGUUGAAGCAAAACGCCCUCCCAGAGAACAGCCUUGCUGGUCAAGUGAAGCGUGUUGUUCACCAGGCCUUCUGGGAUGUCUUGGAAGCAGAUCUCAGUGCUGAGCCCCCCCAAUAUGAAUAUGCCAUCAGACUGUUUGAAGAAAUCAGAGAGAUUCUCCUCUCUUUUCUCACUCCUGGUGGGAACAGACUUCAUAAUCAGAUCUGUGAAGUUUUGGACAUUGACCUCAUUAGACAGCAGGCCGAGCACAGUGCUGUUGACAUUCAAGGUCUGGCCAACUAUGUCAUCAACACGAUGGGAAAGAUGUGUGCUCCUGUGAGAGAUGAAGACAUCAGAGAGCUGAAGGCCACUACCAACAUCGUGGAGAUGCUGAGACAAAUAUUCCGUGUUUUGGACCUCAUGAGACUGGACAUGACGAAUUUUGUCAUUAGGAAUAUUAGACCUUACAUUCAGCGUGAUUUGGUGGAGUAUGAGAGAAACAAAUUUCAGGAAAUUUUGGAAGAAACUCCAAAUGCCCUUAGUCAAACUACGGAAUGGCUGAAAGAGUCAAUGGAUGAAGAAUUCCUUUCUGAGACUGCUGUAGCUCCCGGAGCUGAACAGAGUUCCACCCCAAGCCUAAGCCCUCUGUUGGUGCUGAAUAAUUGUUACUUGAAACUACUUCAGUGGGAUUAUCAGACAAAGGUCUUACCAGAGACACUGGUGACAGAUGGGACACGACUUCAGGAGCUGACAGAGAAGCUGAAUCAAUUGAAAAUGAUUGCCUGCUUGUCCCUAAUUACCAACAACAUGGUGGGUGCUGUCACAGAAGGCCUGCCCGAGCUUGCAAACAGGCUCAAACGGAUCUCAGCUGUUCUACUUGAAGGCAUGAAUAAAGAGACCUUUAAUUUGAAGGAAGCCCUGAAUUCUAUUGGUGUUCAGACUUGUGCUGAAGUUAAUAAGGCCCUGAAAGAGAGAGGCUCGCCCACUUUAAAUGCUGAGGUCCAAGCUAAUCUUGUCGGUCAGUUUUCAAGCCUUGAAGAGAAGGGCAAUCCUGUCUGCACCUUGAUGGAUAAACGGAUCCAUUUGUACAUGAAAAGCUUACUCUGUCUUUCAAGUAAUCCGAAGAGCAUGCCUCCCGUGCCAGGGGGCCUUGGUGUCAUUCAGCAGGAACUGGAAGUGCUUGGCUGUCAAUACGCAAACAUCGUGAACCACAACAAGCAGGUGUAUGGACCAUUUUAUGCAAAUAUAUUCCGACAGCUGCUCUUCCGGAAUGAAGCUGUGGGGAAGAUAGAGACUUCACUUCCAGCUAACUGAAGAACAGCGGGCACUGGAAAAGAGCUGGAGAUCAGCACUCGGUACACCGUUUCUGUUAGUGGCAUUGUAGAUGGGGCACAUUCUCAGUGCUGUCUCUAGAGUACUGUUAGACAGAAUCUGUGUAAUCCCGUCAUGUUAGCAUCACAGAAGGGCCAUAUAUCCAUAGACUCCUUUGUGUAUCAUUUCCAAGUUCAAGGCAGACAUUUCUAAGGAAAAAAAGUAAUUUGUAAUGAAUUAUAUCACCUAUAUAAUACUGGUGUUUUCUUAAACAUUUAUAUUGAGUAUUUCUUUUUUUUUUUUUUUUUUUUUUUUUUUUUUUGGUUUUUCGAGACAGGGUUUCUCUGUGUAGCUUUGCGCCUCUCCUGGAACUCACUUGGUAGCCCAGGCUGGCCUCGAACUCACAGAGAUCCGCCUGGCUCUGCCUCCCGAGUGCUGGGAUUAAAGGCGUGCGCCACCACCGCCCGGCUUAUAUUGAGUAUUUCUAUGUGGCUUGUUCAUUCAACCUGAAAGGAGUUGGUUUUUGUUUAUAUACUUGAUUAUACUGCAGUUGCCUGUAGGAAUAUAAUGUGCAAACAUUUAAAAUUACAUUGAAAAUGAAGGGCAUUCUGCUUCAUUCUUUUGUUAAGUGGCAAAGGAAAUUUGUGUCUCAAGUCUGGAUUUAGCCAACUACAUUUAUUAGGAUUUUUAAUCAUAGUUCUUUGCAUGUCUAUUUAGUUAUUACUUAAAUGUUUACUUCUACUUUUGAGGCUUUCCUAACAUGGUUGUUUUGUAAUAAAAAUUUAUUAAACAGC